AUUAUUGUGAGUAGAUAGAUUUCCAACUUUCCCCAUACCUUUUUCUGAAUAGUUCUUUUGUAUCCAAUUCGUUUUUUUUUGCUGUCUGGUUGUCUUGUUUCUUGUUUCUAGGUUCAUGAGUGUGGUUACUGUGGUUAUGGUGUGGUUUAUGUUUAUUAUAUUAUAUAUUUAUAUUAUAGUGUGGUUGAUCUAUGGUUAAUAUCGCAAAAAGAAUUUGAAGUUACAAUGUUAUUGUUAUACUAGUGAUUUUAUUUUUCAGUCUUUCGUGAGAUUAAUUGAAACUGUUGAAAUUUUGUCUCGAAAUUUCCUGGCUUUAUAUUUUCUAUGACAAUUUUUUGUCAUCAUUGGCUGUACCGGUAUCAUCUGUAUCUGUGAUCGUAUAAUUUACAUUGAUAUAUCUUGAACGAUGUAUAGGAGAAGAAAUAAAAAAUUCAAUAUAUUACAAGGAAAUGAAGAGCAGUCGUUAGAAUUUAGUCGGAAUGGCAUUCGUUUACGCCAAACUAACAUUACAGAAUUAUUAAAAAUUUCAAAGAAAACCAAUAAGUCUGUUGUAGUUCCAAAUACAGCAUUUACAAUGGAAUUGGAUGUGAAGUCACUGGGAAAUAUUUCUGAAACUGACCAUACAGAAACGUCAUCUCAAUCGGAAGACACGAUUAUAUAUGGAGAAAACGAAUCUGUUAACAACAAUAGCACAAGUCUAGAAACUACAAGUCCAAGUAGUACAAUUGUCAUUCACGAACAUGUAAUUUUUAACGACCCUACUGAUGUUUUAUCUGUCGAAAUUUGUGACGACUCUGAUAUCCCUUUGAGUAACACAGGAAGUGAUGAAUUAAGCAGGAAGAAAUAUGCUAGAUCGUUAACGUCAAAAAGAAAACUUAUAUUUGAUGAUACGGAAGAGCCGAGUUCAGUGUCCCCAAAGAAAAGGAUGGAGUUAACAAAUAAUAGCACUAUGGAAAUGGAUGUUUCUGCUCCAGUUGACGUUAAUACUGCCGAAAAUAUCCCAACAAAUACAAAACAAGAUGAUCAAGUACCAUCAUGUUCAAAAUCACAAAGUACCAAAAAUAAUACCACUGCAGGUCAGAAAGGAUUAUUAACACCGAGGAAAAUUAAUAGCACAGAUUCGACGAAUAAAUCUAACAGGAUAUCUCCGCAGAAAAGUCCAACUAGUCCAAAAUGUUUAAAAAAAUUAAAUCCUAAAGAGGGAAAGCAAUUACAGAUUAAGCAAUUGGAUGAAUUAAUCAAACUAUUCAAGGGAGUUUCAAAAAACUGCUUCAAGAGAAAACUUUUAAAUGAGGCCGAAUACAAAAUUUUAAAGAGAUUUAUUUCUUUAGAGGAUAAUAGAAAAUAUGUUGUUAUGAAGCUUUUUGUUUGGAAAAAAAUGUGGUACAAUAUAUUUUCGUUUAGUAAAAAAGCUAAUCUUAUUGUGAACGAUGACAAAGACAUAAUCGAUAUUUUUGAGAACUUAAAACAGGAGGAAUUUGUUGAUACUAUGUACAAUAAAGUGGAAAAUUUAUUAGAAUUAUUAAAUACACUUGGACAUGAUAAAAUUAAGGAAAUUAUGAUAAAACUGAAAAUAAAACCAAUUAAAUCGAAACCAGAGAAUGUUAAAUUAAUUUUGCAAGUUGCAAGUAGACAAAGAACUCUACCAGGAUCAAAAUCGUUCAAAGAAGUUAUUCUGAAUGCUAUAGAAAAUAAAAUGGGAUUUAGUUUUAAAAUUAGUGAGCAAGUUUGUGAUGCAUUUUUUAACGUUUGUUUACUUUCGACUUUCGUUAAUCCAGAGUUUCAAGAUAUCCAGAAAUACUUCCAAAGUAUAGUUUACGAUAAAAUUGUCUUUCCGAAAGUUUCUAUCGAAAAUUAUCCUGUCUUUGUGAGCAGACAGCAGUUUUUAGAUUAUGGGAAAGCAUUAAAAGUUAAGUUAUUAUUGGAUGACACAUUAAGUAAAAUAAAGGAAACUAAGUUAGGAAUUUUGAAUAUUGGAAAUCAAGCAUAUUUAGAAUUACAACAAUCAAAAUUAGAAGAAAGAGAUAAAGUUGCACCACAUUUAUAUAAAUUUCGAGCUGUACAUGUCUAUUCUAAAAUUCUUUCAUUAUGUUGUAAUCAUAUUUAUACUAAAAAAGAUGGUUUUCCAAACGAAGCCAAGAAAUGGUUGGAAUACUUAAUUCAACGUUUCCCAGAAUCACGUUAUAUAGGGUUUUGGUAUCAAAAACUUAUUUGGUUACAUAUGCGGCACUUAAAUGAGAUUUCUUAUGAAAAAGCUGCCAAGUUAUUGAUAGAGGUAUUGGAAAAUAAGGCUUACAAAUUAAACAUUUUAUCAAUUUAUGAGCUGGCAAAACUUGGAACAAAAUUAAAACAGAGUAAAAAAUAUAAAAUUGAUCAACUGUAUCAUGACAAGAUAGCCCAAUUGAUGCCUAGAACAAUUAAAGAGGAUGAAAUUCCUCAAGAGCAGAUUGACUCAACUUCAAUACGCCAUUUAGAGCAAACAGGAGUUAAGAAGAAUUAUAUCACCGUAUCGUCUGACGAGAUUACUAUUCAGACAGUUGAACAAGUUGCUUUAAAUUACUAUGCUGACAAUGGAUAUCCAGAAGGCAUCCAUUGUGAGAGUUCACUAGUGAAUGGUCUUUUAUUACUGUUUUUUUGGGAUAUUAUCUAUAAUCCAUCAAUUAACAUACCAGCCAUAUUUAUUGAGCCAAUUCAACAAGGCCCUUUGGACAUUUUUACUGAAUAUUUCUAUGACAACAGGAAAGACUUGUUUAAAGAAAGACUAAAUGAAAUAUCAUGUUGGUCUGUUGACAAAUUGAUUGAUUUUGCAAAAAAUAAUUGGAAAAAUCACUGCUAUAAAGUCUCAAUAUUUGGUCUAAUACAGAAUGCUAUAAGAAGUUUAGAUAUUAUUCCAAAAUUGAUCAAUGUUAUUGGAAGAAAACUAUUAACUAGUAUAUUUGCGAGACUAAUUGAAGAUCUAAGAAUGUACAGAAGUGGAAUGCCAGAUUUGUUAAUAUGGAAUAUUGAAAAACAACAUUGUAAAUUUGUAGAAGUUAAGAGUGAAAAUGACAGACUAGCUGUUAAUCAGUUACUCUGGUUAAAAUAUUUAAAAGAUAAUGGUGCAGACGUUGCAGUUUGUUGGGUUCAUUCUAGAGGCUCAAAACGAAAAAUUAUAAAAUCUUCACCAGUAAAAUCAAAAACUUAAAUUAUUUUUUAUAUAUUGAGUAGGAAAAUAUUUUUAUGUUUAUUAUUAUUUGUAUAUGAGUAUAGUAUGUAUUAGUAUAAGUAUGUAUAUUUUUUAAAAUUAAAUUAAGUCAUCCCAAAACUGUUAUACAGGGUGUGCGAAAAAGUUUCCAACAAAUUGAACAAAAUUUUAUUGAAGUUUUAAAAUAAAGUUUACGCAGAAUUUUUUCAGCAUAUCCAAUAACAAAAAAUAAUUUUCAUAUUUGAGAUGCGACAACUGUUAUGUAGGAAAUGAGUAGGAAAAAAAUAUUAUGUAUAACACUAUAACCUAAUGUAAAUGGGCCUGAGAAUUGAGCUAGCGUGUCAUUUUUUUUCUAACCUCAAAAAACCUAUCACGAGUCAUGAUUUUCGAAAAUCGUCUGAAGUCAAAUGGGUCAUUGAUCGCGAAUCUGACGUGGGGUUGGCAAAAUUUAAGAUGGCAGAUCCCAUAUGGUCGAUCUCAAGAACAGUGUGCUCCAUCUCGAAUUUUGCCAACCCCACACACGGUGUUUUGAAGUAUAGGGGAUAGUGGACAAAAAUGGAAAAUUCGAUUUUCACCGCCAGAAAAUGUAUUUUCUUACAUUACUAAAGGGGAGUUUACACAGUACAAGUUGCUGGAUUAGCCAGUAGACAGUAGCUGAACUUGGCGAGUGGGAGACAAAAUGAACAGCUGCUUACAUAUUUACACGAAGUAAAGUAGCUGUAUAAACUGUCAUUUUCUGGGCAGUCAUUUGGUAAGUCUUGAAAAAGAGUACAUUGUCGAAAGUACGAAAAAAUGCGAUUCGCAAAGUAAUACAAUGUGUUUCCAUAAUGUUGUGUGAAAAAUUGAUAGAAGAAAUUGAAAGUGAUCUGAAAAGAAGAAGAAUAAAACGGAUUUGGGUCAGAAAAUGGUUGCAAAAUAAUCAACAGGAGCUUCAAAUAUGAUUAUGAAAGAGCUAGAUUAUCAGGAUAAUAUAUUAUUAAUAUAUAUUAUCCAUAAAUUUUCUUGGUCUCUAUAAAGGUUAACAAAUUUUAUGUUUUGGUGGCUGCUCCAGCGUUCAGACAUUUUAAGAACUUCGCCGUAAUCGUAUCGUCAAAGUCGCGUUAACGGCAACUGAACUGUCUAGCCAGGUACUGUACUCUUCGUUAAAAUUAGGCAAAUAGGAUGCGAACUACUGGAUUAAUAUCUGGUGGGGGAAGGCAAGUGGCCAGUAAAAUCAAAAACUGUUGAAGUAACUUGCAUUCAGUAACUGCUCAUACUUGCCCAGGAACAGUAACUCGGCGGAUAUGUUUAAACGAUUACAGUAGCUCGCAUAUAGUUACUGGCCUUCUCAACUGACCCGCUAGCUCGCACCGUGUAAACUCCCCUUAAUAAAAGAUAACAAUAUUUUAUAUUUUAAUAUACCUAAUUUUUUUUUAUUAUGAUAUAAAAAUAACCUAAAAAUAUUUUUGGCAAAAAAAAAUUUAAUUAUAAUUUUUAUAAAUAUGGAAAAAAUCUCCUGCAGCUCAAAGGGUAAUUAUUUCUCAUUAUUAGUAAAUAACAAAUUAAAAA